AUGGAUAUCCACCGCUGUCGCUUCGUUCCCUUCAACCCCCAGGCGAUUAAUGCGCUCGCAUUUUCUCACCCUCCAUCCGCCGGCGUUGCCGGACGAGGUGUCCCUACCCUCCGACUCGCGGUUGGUCGCGCAAAUGGCGACAUCGAGAUCUGGAACCCCCUACGCGGCGCCUGGUUCCAAGAGACAGUCUUACGUGGAGGAAAAGACCGGAGCAUUGAAGGGCUCACGUGGACGCUCGACCCUCCCGAAGAAGGACCAGACGGCGUCAAGUUUCCCGGCCGCCUGCGCCUGUUCAGUAUCGGAUACUCGACGGCUGUGACUGAGUGGGAUAUCGAGCAGGGUCGCCCGAUGCGGCAUUCGAGUGGAAACUACGGUGAAAUCUGGUGCUUGGCGGCGCAGCCCAGGUGGCAGGCGACGCAGCGAGGCAAGGAUGGGAAGUUACUGCCUCCGGCGGAGGGAGAAUAUACGGGACAGCACCUUGCAGCGGGCUGUGCAGACGGAUCGAUUGUGAUCUUGUCGACUGCCGAUAAUGAUCUGAAAUUCCUGCGGCUGAUGCGGCCGUCCACUAAGAGAGCGAGAGUCCUCAGUGUUACGUUCCAGAAUCGCAAUACCAUCGUGGCUGGCUACGCUGAUAGUUCGAUCCGUCUGUUUGACAUUCGGAAUGGUCAGCUUCUGAGAACAAUCUCGCUGGGUAAGGGCCCAGCGGGUGGUCCGAAGGAAUUGUUGGUUUGGUCCGUCAAGUGCCUUCCCGACGGUACCAUCGUUUCCGGUGACUCUGCUGGUGAAAUCCGCUUCUGGGAUGCAAAGAACUACUCUCUCAUUCAACGGGUCCAGGGCCAUAUGGCGGAUGUGCUGGAUGUCGCCGUGGGUGCAAAUGGCGACACAGUUGUCAGCGGAGGCGCUGACCAACGCACCGUUGUCUACAAGAAGAAGGAAGGAGAAAAGGGCGACAAGAAAGCCCGUUGGGCCGAGGUGAUGCACCGAAGAUACCAUACCCACGAUGUCAAGACUUUUGCGGUCUACGAGACAAAGGAGAUCAGUUUCAUCGUGUCUGGAGGCCCGGAUGCUACGCCAGUUGUUUUGCCCCUACGCGAGUUCGGUAAAGAGCACCACAGAAAGCUAUCGAAUCUUCCUCAAAUCCCUCAGCUUGCUUCUUCUCCUUCGUCUCGGCUGGUCAUGAGCUUCUGGGAUAGAGAGAUCAGCAUCUGGCGCGUGUCGCGUGGUCCUACAUCUUCAUUUGAGAACGUCGAUGGACAGAGGCAUCGACUCGUCGGAAAGGUGUUGGUUCAGGGCGAGGAAAACAUCACUUCAGCUAUGCUCUCCUCCGACGGAAAGAUCCUCGUUGUUGCUACGAUUUCCGACGUCAAAGUCUUCUCCGUCAGACGGCGCAAGGGCGACGAAAGAGGAGCUCUACGUAUACAAAAGCUGGAUGUUCCCGCCGCCUUCUCCGACGACGGAGCCCGAGUCGUGGCUGUUUCCCCUGACAGCCGAUGGAUCUCUGUGGUCCGCCCCAACAGCGAUAUCUACCUUGCAAGACUCAAACCUGCGUCCUCCCCACAAGAAAAGCCUCAAUUUCUGCCUCAACUCACGAAACUCAACCGCGCUGCGCGACACAUCCGACACGAGAAAACGUCUCACGGAACCCUGGGCGAGUUCGAGCGGACAAUUCGAUGCGUCGUAUUCUCGGACAAUAGCAACAUAUUGGCCGUUGGUGACUUGGCUGGAUGCAUUGAUAGCUGGGUGUUGGAACAGACGACAGAGUCAAGACCCGCGUCCAAGACCAACGGGGCUGCAGAGUCGGACGACGAAUCGUCAGAUGAUGAGGAUGAGCAGCCCGUCAUCGAAGGCGAGCGAUGGCGUCUCGCUGCUGCAGAGUCGCCCAUCCCUCGUCUCAAGGGAGGAGUGGUUCUGAUGUCGUUCCGUCAUCAGAGAAAGGCAGACGACAAGAUUUUGACGAACGGCACGAACGACGAUGCACAAUCUACGACAGAAAACCGGUUGAUGGCACUUACAAGUGAGCAUCAAUUGGUGGAGUUCGAAGCUCUCGAUGGCAAACUCUCAGAGUGGUCCCGGAGAAACCCCAAGGCGUAUCUCCCCGCAGAGUUCAAGGGUGUCAAGGACCGUGCCAUGGGCUGCUUAUGGGAUCUGUCAGAAGGCCGCGAACGACUCUGGCUAUACGGCUCCUCAUGGCUGUGGAUGUUUGACCUGAAGCACGACUUCCCUUCUCCGGAGGAAUUCGAAGCCUCCGAUCAAGCCCAAAGCCAAGCAGCCAAGGCCACCUCGGCGCAAAAGCGCAAGCGCCAGGCACAAGAGGAUGGCGAGAACGACCGCAAGAAACCCAACACCGGUGCUGGUGAUCGGAUACCCCUGGCCCAGGCAGACAUCUACUUCGACCCCAAGUAUCGCAAGGUCGUUGGAGCCGACGAGUCGCAGGGCGAGUGGAUCUCGAUGGACAAGGAGCUCCCGCACGGCGCAGAUGGCGAGGACGAGGAUGCUUACGAUCACGACGAGGCAUACGCGGCCAGCAACGACGCGGGCCUGGCUCGACUUCGACGAGAGGGCAACAUGGGAGACCAUGCUGUUACAACACCCAAAAAGGGUAAACAGGAUAAACGGUUCCCCGCUAUUAAUGGACUGGUUGCAGACACGCCAACGGCAACGCCACGCAAGGCCGGAGUUCAAGAGCUCGAAACACCCGCCGCGCAAAAACUUGCCAAUCGCAUUACCCAGGCUCCGCGCCGGUGGUGGCAUACCUACAAGUACCGUGAUAUCUUGGGUAUCGUGCCACUGGCCGAUGAGGCCGAGGAGGAGAGCAAGAAAGAUGGCAGUCUUGAGGUUGCCGUUAUUGAACGGCCGACGUGGGAUAUUGAGCUGCCUGGUCGUUAUGUGCGGGAUUACUCAUAA